GCGGGGACUUAUUAGGAUUAUGAUCAAAUGAUGCUAAUCAUUACUCACGAACACGGCGGUUGGGCUCUUAUCCCUCUCAGAGAGGAAACCUGAUGUUACAUUCUGUAGCAUUCGGCAUGCUGACAGGUACUUUUCUGCUGACUUGAAUAAACACACUCGGGACGAUUCCCCCGACGUGUCCAAAGUCAAUCUGUCCCGGUGGUUUCCGUGAGCAGAGCGGGAGGAGUCUGGGGGGCUCUGUGGUCACGGCACGCUGGAGAGGCCCAAAUAUGUGCUGAGGUCACCGCUUUUACAGCGUUCGGCAGUUUCCUCUCAGCCUUCUCAGGAAACCAGAGGGCGGAUGGUGAUCUGGUCGUCCACGUGAAGAGCCCGCCCCCUUUCUCUCCCUCACACGGCCGAAAAUCCGCUGCGCGUAACGUGCGUCAGUCAGCGUGCGGAGGGUUAAACGGGCAGUCUGCGGCGGUCUCUCCUUUCUGUAGCGGAACACUCCGGACUCCUCUCGUCCUCCCGACAGCUGGCCUUCGAGGGCUUUACUCCCUUUCCUCCUUCCUCGCCGGAGCCGCGGAGGCAUCGCGGGGGGAAGCACGCACACAUCCCCGUUCUUCGACCGCAGGGUACCCACGGCUCACUGCGCGCUUCCACACAGACGAAUAACAAGAAGAGCAUGCGUGUGUGUUGAGUCGUCUGUUUGGUUGACCUGCACACGGAGCUGCGGCCUGCUUUAGCCCCGCCCCCUCCUCGACUGUCCACUCGCUCCACACCGCCAUGUCUGCAGAGGUGGAGACCGGCGUGCCCGUCCACGCCGAUCCCAGCAUCGCAGCCUCGGCCAGCACCCCUCCCACCUCCCCGACGACGGCCACCUCCAAGGUCCCGUUCAAGAAAGAGAAGAAGAAAGCCCCAGAGAAGACCGACGAGUACCUGCUGGGCAGGUUUCAAGGCGACGGCGUGCGGUACAAGGCCAAGCUGAUUGGCAUCGACGACGUCCCGGAGCCCAGAGGAGACAAGAUGUCCCAGGACUCCAUGAUGAAGCUCAAGGGCAUGGCGGUCGCUGCUCGGUCCCAAGGCAAACACAAGCAGAGGAUCUGGGUCAACAUUUCCAUGGCGGGCAUCAAGAUCGUCGAUGAGAAAUCGGGAGUGAUUGAACACGAGCACAUGGUGAGUCGGAUCUCCUUCAUCGCCAGAGACGUGACGGACAACCGGGCGUUUGGAUACGUGUGCGGCGCCGAAGGACAGCAUCAGUUCUUCGCCAUCAAGACGUCGCAACAGGCGGAGCCCCUGGUGAUCGACCUGAAGGACCUCUUCCAGGUCAUCUUCAACCUGAGGAAGAAGGAGGGAGAGGCCUCCCAGAAGGGGGAAAAUGGCGUCGCCGUAGUUGAGAACGGAGGCGGCGGCACGGACGGCGGCGUGAAAGCUGCUCAACCGGUGGAGCAGUUUGACCUCUUUGGAGCCAUGUCGACCCCUCCAGACAUCCAGUCUCCAAAUGUCUCUAAUGAUAUUCUCUUGCUGGACUUUUCCGCUGAAGUUGACAGCAAUCAGAAUUGCAUAAAGGGCAACUCGUUUUUAACUUCCUGUGGCCCCGACCGCAGGGCAUCCCCCCAGACAGAGAAUCCCUUUUCCUCCACAUUUGGCUACUUUCCAACCCCAGACAGUGACCCUUUCAGAGACGACCCCCUUUCCAAACCGCCCGCUUGGUCGGAACUCGAUAACUCUCAGAUCUCGACCGAUCGCCUAAACGCCGGCGACGCGUGUAAGACAAUUAUUAGCGGCGGUCUGAACGAAGACGCCGAACGCCUCGGAGAGCAGACGCACGGCUUAUCCAGUAAGACCGUGAUCCUGGCCCUCAGUAACGGACAGUGGCCUCUAGGGGGCGCCAUAACUCAGGGCCACGCGAUUACCAUGACGGACGGCGGCGACUCGACGGCCACGAACCCGUUUUUUGACUCCGCUUUGAAAAGAGGCGCCGUGCCGAACGGCGUCACGCAUCACCCGCACGCCGCGGGGGCCCAUAGCCCGGACUCGGUUGUCAUAAGCCCGCCGCCGCAGAGCUCUAAGGCGGGACGAGGUCGAAGGAGCGCAAAGUCCACAGCGAGUGACCUGUUUGGAGGAGAGCUCUUCUCUGCUCCGGUUCACUCGGAGGGGUCGUCCUCCUCGGCGGACUUUUUCAACACUUCACCUGCGAACGCCGCUCCCUCCUCCAUGGCUGCUCUGGGGAAUCUUCAGUUGGGUCCUCCAGCUGUUACAGGUAUCCCCUCUGCAGGCAUGUGGGGGGCCUCCAUGACUCCACCUUCAAUGUUCCCCAUGCCAGGAGUGGCGGCUCCAGGGCCCUCCUACCCACAGCCGUCUGCCUUCGGUGGCCUACCCAUCCCACCGGCGGUCUGGGGGGCGCAGGGCCCGGCUCACUUUAGUGCCGCGCCUCUAUCUCCGCCCCGCCUCAACUGGGGCCAGCCUCCACCGGCCGGGCCGCUCGGCGCUGCCGGUUGGGGUCAUCCCGUCGCGGCCAAUCCUUUCCAGUCGGGCCCGUUCCCCGCGAUGGGCGACCAGCACGGUCCGACGCGCCCCCCUCCUCGGCCGCCCGUCAAGGAGGCGCCUCCGAAGGUGGAGAACAGCGCCUUCACGGCUCUGGACCCCCUCGGAGAUCGAGAGAAGAAGAUGGGAAAGGACAUGUUCAAGGACUUCCAGAUCGCCAAACCUCCGGCCAUCCCGGCGAGGAAAGGGGAGCUGGCGUCCAACUCUGAGGGCGGCGCCUUCGAUCAGUACUUCAACAGCAAGGUGGGGCUGGUUCAGGACAACGCGGAUCACGAUGACUUCGAUAUCCAUCAAAUGGCGGCGCCUGCUAACGCGGCGGCGCCGAGCUUCAACGCCGGCCUCCUCGACGCCGCCUUCUCUUCCGCCGCCCUCGCAAACAGCUGUGCAGCGGCGCCGGGACCCAACCAGGACAUGUUCGAUCAGGCCUUCGGGGCCCCGGGCUCCAGCCUGUUCGGGGCACCGCCUGCAGCCAUGCAGACUGCUGCCGUUGGUCAGUCUUCUGCCUCAACGGCUGCUUUUGGGGAUCCUUUUGGAAAUCCCUUUGCCUGACCACAACAUUGUGCAUAAUUGAAAUGGAGAUCUUCACAUCGAAUAACAUCUUUGGGACAAGCUGCUACAACGUGCGCGAGACAAUCCAAAUUCUGAACUUUUCUAACUUGUCCCUGACCCACCCCUUUUUUCUUUUUUUACAUCUCCACCUUUUUGAUGUUCGUUUCCUAUCAAUCAGUUUCCUUAUUUGUAAAGACCACUGAUCUAAGAAGUAAAUGUUAUGUCCUGAUCUGCUGAAGAAAGAAGUGUGUGUGUGUGUGUGAAGGGUUCACUGCUGAUGCUGUCUGUUAAAUAAAUAAAUAAAAUAAUUAAAUAUUAAUGCUGCAA